AUGAGUUACUUCCGCAUAACCCUCAUCCGCUCCGCAAUCGGCCUCCCCCGACGCACAACAGACGUCCUCAAAGCCCUCGGACUCAAGAAGCGCAUGGCAACAGUCUUCCACCCCGUCUCUCAGUCCGUGGCUGGUCAGAUCAUGAAAGUCAAAGAACUAGUCGAGGUGCGCGAGGUUGAUCGGCCCUUAACGAAACAGGAGGUGCAUCUUGAGAGGAAACCGGAUCCGGGAUAUUAUAUUGAGAAGCGGCUGCGUGGGGAAUCAGAUACCUGA